AAAGUUACUAUAAUUUUCAAAAACGUAACCUCAAAUUGUGACAGUUAUUGAAUCGAAUAAUUCGAAAUCAAAAUGAGUAGCUUAAUAAAACAGUUACAAUCGAUGUAUGAGCUCCAACUACAUUCAAACAUCGUUCGAGUGUGCGACUUUGCUCUCUCAGCUGCUGAGCAAAAACCAGAAUCUUUGUCACCGAUUCACAAGUUUCAGUUAGUACUUCUGUACGCUGACUCUCUCUAUGAUAUCCAGUACUACAUUCAAGCGGAGAAUUUAUACAGACAAGCGCUUCAAAUUCGCAAAAACUUUCUCAAAAAUAAAGCUACAAAUAACAAACUCCCAGAGAACCAAACUGAGUUUAAUAGUGAUGUGGAGAUUAGGUAUAAAAUUCACAAGUGUUGUUUGGCGCUGAAACAAGUAAAUGCGGCUGUUGAGAUGCUUCAGUCAAUUUCUGCUCGUUCACGUACACCAAAAGUGAACAUGGCACUUGCCACUUUGUAUAGAGAUGGGGGAAUGGAAAGAUCUGCUAUCACUUGUUACAAAGAAGUGCUGCGAGAAUGUCCCUUGGCUUUAGAAGCUGUCGAGAAUUUAUUAAAAUUAGGAAUCAAAGGGGUUGAAGUUAAUUCUUUAAUGACUGACGUUACAACAGAAAUUAGUUGGUUAAAUUUGUGGCUGAAAGCUCAAGCUCAGUUAUACUCUCGAGAAUUUGCUAGUGCCGUUCAAACUUACAAAAGUAUGGAUUCUCAUGGUCUUCUCAAAGAUAACACUUCUGUACUUGUAAAUAUGGCCUAUUGUUAUCACUAUAUUUGUGACGACGCAACUGCCAUUUCAGUUUUACAAAGAGCUAUGAAGCUUGAUCAGAAUUUAGUCUUUGGAAGGGACUUAUUAUCAACGUUGUUAGCAACUUCAGGGAACAGUGAACAUGUUGAGUACCUUGAAACAUUGUUGCCAACAUGUGAUAUGUCUCUCUGGAGUACUGAACACUGGGUGGUUUUGGGUAAUUGCAUGUACAGCACAAAAAAAUAUGAAAAAGCUGUGUAUUUUGCGCAACAAGCGUUAUGUUCUUCACACUGUAAAAACAUUGAAGCUUUCUUACUAAAAGCUAAAACUUUGUUGGAAUUAAAUAAGUACCAGGACGCAGCGCAACACUGUACUGAAGCUAUUCAAAUUUGCCCGUUUCGGUACGACUUGCACCACUGUCUUGUAGAGUGCUACGUGAAGAUGAAUAGAUUACGUGAAGCCGAAGCGAUGGCCACCAACGCCUGCAAGCAGUUGAACUACAGCCCGCAGUCACUCACGUUGCACGCCUCCGUGUUGCUGAAGGACCCGAUGACUUCCGGAAAAACCGUUCGGAAGAUGCUCGAGAAAGCCGUAAGUCAAGAUAAGACCUUCUCCACGAAUGCAGUUUGCAUGUUGGUGGAGUUUCUGGAGCAGGAGCAGCAGUACGACCAGGCGCGGGAGCUCCUCUUGAAGCACAUCAAGCAUGCGCCAUCUUCGCGUCUUCACCAGCUUCUGGGCGACUGUUUUGUUAACUUACAGAAGGAUGAUGACGCUUUCCACCACUACAGUAUAGCGUUGAGGCUCGAUCCUAAUAAUCAGAGAGCGUCGGAGGGUCUAAAUAACAUCGGUCGGAACUUGUCGCUCAGUAAAAGAGACAGUUAUUAUACGUGCGUGGGGGAGACGUCGUACACCUCACCGGGGACUAGCGCUUCGGAGGACGACGCUUUUAUACAGAAUGAUGCUGAUCACUGGCCGGCUAACAACAGCUUUUAAUGAAAGAUUGGUUUAAGCAGACAAUAUAUUUCUAGUUAUUUUUGUGUUUUAUCGUGAUAACAAUUUUUGUUUUUACAAUUCCAUAAAAAUAUACGUUACUCCAUUACACUUUUCACAAUAAA